GAAGAUUAGUCCCCCUCUGCGUGCUUCCAGAGACACGCGGAGAGAGAAAGAGAGAGGAUAUAACUUCUUUUGUUGGUGCUUCGAUCUCCGUCUCUCUGCACAGCUAAGGUACUUCGAUCGAUUUCUCGUCGCCCUUUGGUAGAUCGCGGAGGUGGAGGCGGAGGAGAUCUGCGUGGCGCUCGACCUCACGGUCAAUUCGGCGGCGAGUUUGAAGACGUUUCUAGAUAAUCUCUGGAACAUUUCCGUCCCAACAAUACAUUCUGCAAAUUUUCUUCGUUGCUGUGUCGGCCAUAUUGUUUUUAGAGAUUAAGGAGAAAGUUCCCAUAUUUUGAAGGACGAAACGGCUUAGCUUGAGCUGAAAGAAAUUUAGUGAUGCCAGGCGGAAGAAGAAGGGAUCGACUACGAUGGAGCAAGAUCUAUACCUUUGCCCGCUUCUGGCCCACCGUGGGAGAUGAUGAGCAACCUUCCUUCCAUGGAGGCCCUAGUUACUCCCGCACUGUCCACUGCAACCAGCCCCAGCUCCACCGUAAGAAGCCCUUCAAGUAUUCUAGCAACUACAUCACCACCACAAAGUAUAAUGUCAUCACAUUCCUUCCAAAAGCGCUAUUUGAACAAUUCCGCCGAGUAGCCAACAUCUAUUUUCUCUUGGCUGCGGCCCUCUCUCUUACCCCUGUUUCCCCCUUCACUCCGGUGAGCAUGAUUGCUCCUUUAGCCUUCGUUGUAGGGUUGAGUAUGGCAAAAGAGGCACUGGAAGAUUGGCGGAGAUUUAUGCAAGACAUGAAAGUAAAUAUGCGGAAGGUCAAUGUUCACAAGGGGGAGGGACAGUUUGACCACAAGCAGUGGCAAAAUAUUCGUGUUGGAGAUGUUGUGAAGGUUGAGAAGGACCAAUUUUUUCCAGCUGACUUGCUUCUGCUAUCGUCGAGCUAUGAGGAUGGAAUUUGCUAUGUGGAGACAAUGAAUUUGGACGGUGAAACUAAUUUGAAAGUCAAAAGAUCUUUGGAAGUGACCUUAGCUUUGGAUGAUGAUGAGGCUUUCAGGGACUUUACAGCUACCAUAAGGUGUGAAGACCCAAAUCCUAAUCUAUACACUUUUGUUGGCAACUUUGAUUAUGAACGACAAAUCUUUGCACUCGAGCCAAAUCAUAUUCUGCUCAGAGAUUCAAAGUUAAGGAACACUAAUUAUGUUUAUGGAGUAGUUAUCUUUGCUGGUCAUGAUAGCAAAGUUAUGCAAAAUGCAACCAAGUCACCUUCUAAGAGGAGCAGGAUCGAGAAGAAAAUGGAUCGAAUCAUAUAUGUUCUUUUUACACUUCUUGUACUCAUUUCAGUGAUUAGCUCAAUAGGGUUUGCUAUAAUCACCAAAAAUAAGAUGCCGAAUUGGUGGUAUUUGCAACCAGAUCAGACAACAAGCUUGUAUGAUCCAGAUAGAGCAGCACUCUCUGGGUUCCUCCAUCUGGUCACAGCUCUUAUUCUCUAUGGAUAUCUGAUACCUAUCUCUCUAUAUGUUUCCAUAGAAGUUGUCAAGGUCUUACAAGCCACAUUCAUUAAUGGAGAUAUCCUCAUGUAUGACGAGGAUACAGGAAAUCAUGCACAGGCACGAACUUCUAACUUGAACGAGGAGCUUGGGCAAGUUGAUACAAUAUUGUCUGAUAAAACAGGAACUUUAACCUGCAAUCAGAUGGACUUUUUGAAGUGUUCGAUUGCUGGUGUUUCCUAUGGUGUGCGUUCUAGUGAAGUGGAAAUUGCAGCUUCCAAGCAUAUGGAAUCAGAAGCUACUGGAGAUGAUGCAGGUGUUUAUGGGUCAUAUGAAGUUGAGUUGGAUCAUGAGAUAGAUUUCAAAAGUGAUAAUCCGAGAAAACCUACGAUUAAAGGUUUCAGUUUUGAAGAUGACAGGCUUAUGCAUGGAAAUUGGGCAAAGGAACCCACAGCUGAUACCAUUCUUCUGUUCUUCAGGAUCCUUGCAUUGUGUCACAGUGCAAUUCCUGAACCAGAUGAGAAAACUGGUGGCUUUACUUAUGAAGCAGAGUCACCAGAUGAAGCAGCAUUUCUUGUUGCUGCCAGGGAAUUUGGCUUUGAGUUUUGUAAGAGGACUCAAUCUAGUGUAUUCAUUAGGGAGAAAUAUUCAUCUUCUGAAGAUCUUAUUGAGAGGGAGUUCAAGAUUCUCAAUCUGCUGGAAUUCAACAGCAAAAGGAAGAGAAUGUCUGUAAUUGUGCGUGAUGCAAGUGGGAAAAUUUUUCUUCUUUGCAAAGGUGCUGAUAGCAUCAUAUUUGAUAGACUGGCAAAAAAUGGAAGAAUGUAUGAGAGUGAAACAAACAAGCAUUUAACAGAAUAUGGGGAAGCGGGUUUGCGAACCUUAGCACUGGCAUAUAGGGUGCUAGAUGAAUCUGAGUAUUCUGAUUGGAAUGCAGAAUUUCUAAAAGCAAAAACUACUAUUGGACCUGAUAGAGAAGCUCAAGUUGAGCGAAUCUCCGAUUUAAUGGAAAGGGAUUUGAUUCUUGUUGGUGCAACUGCCGUGGAAGAUAAAUUACAGAAAGGGGUUCCUCAGUGUAUAGACAAAUUAGCGCAGGCUGGUCUGAAGAUCUGGGUGCUGACAGGUGAUAAGAUUGAAACUGCUAUUAAUAUCGGAUUUGCUUGCAGUUUGCUUAGGCAAGGCAUGAAACAAAUUUGUCUAUCCACCAUAAACAAUGUGGUAGCACAGGAUGCUAACAAGGCAGCUAAAGAGAGCCUUUUGAUGCAAAUAACUAAUGCCUCGCAAAUGAUCAAUUUGGAGAAGGAUCCGUAUGAAGCAUUUGCUUUAAUAAUUGAUGGAAAAACACUAACAUAUGUCCUAGAGGAUGAUAUGAAGAAUCAUUUUCUAAAUCUCGCAGUCAACUGUGCUUCUGUCAUAUGCUGCCGUGUCUCUCCUAAGCAGAAAGCAUUGGUUACUAGGUUAGUAAAAGAAGGCACUGGAAAAGUCACUCUGGCCAUUGGUGAUGGUGCGAAUGAUGUGGGCAUGAUUCAGGAGGCUGAUAUUGGUGUAGGUAUAAGUGGUGUAGAAGGGAUGCAGGCUGUUAUGGCUAGCGAUUUCUCUAUUUCUCAGUUUAGAUUCCUAGAACGACUUCUUGUUGUACAUGGUCACUGGUGCUACAAGAGAAUAGCACUCAUGAUUUGCUAUUUCUUCUACAAAAACAUAGCAUUUGGGCUCACAAUAUUCUUCUUUGAGGCAUAUACGGGGUUCUCUGGGCAGUCAGUAUAUGAUGACUGGUAUAUGCUUCUAUUCAAUGUUGUUCUCACUUCAUUGCCAGUCAUUACAUUGGGUGUAUUUGAGCAAGAUGUCUCUUCCGAAGUUUGCUUGCAGUUCCCAGCAUUGUACCAACAAGGGCAAAGGAACCUAUUUUUUGAUUGGUACAGAAUUAUCGGAUGGAUGUUCAAUGGCCUAUAUACAUCCAUUGCCAUAUAUUUCCUCAGCAUUGGGAUGCUUUACCAUCAGGCAUUUCGCUCAGGAGGGCAGACCGCAGAUAUGGCUGUCGUUGGAACCACAAUGUUCACCUCAAUUAUUUGGACUGUCAAUGUGCAAAUUGCCCUUAUUAUGAACCACUUCACAUGGAUCCAGCAUCUCUUCGUGUGGGGCAGUGUUGCUACAUGGUACCUCUUCUUGGUUGCCUAUGGAAUGUCCUCGCCAACAAUCUCUGGAAAUGCCUAUCAGAUACUCUUGGAGGCUCUUGGACCAGCACCAAUAUUUUGGAUCGCAACGAUUAUAGUCACAGCCGCCUGCAAUAUUCCAUAUCUGACGCACAAGGCCUUCCAAAGGGCCUUCAACCCACAGGAUCAGCAUGUGAUUCAGGAAAUCAAAUAUUAUAAGAAGGACAUCGAGGAUGCACAUAUGUGGAAGAGAGAAAAGUCGAAGGCCAGACAGAAGACUAAGAUUGGUUUUACUGCCAGGGUGGAUGCGAAGAUCAGGCAACUCAGGGAGCGAUUAAACAAGAGAGCCCUGUCGACUUCUCAAUCUUUAGAAGAGUAGCUCACCUGAGGUUCUGUUUCUUCAGUAUAUAACGUUCCUUUUCUUGCUAUAGUUAUGGCUUCCAAUUCUUUUUCUCCAGUUUUGAUAAUUUAGUCGUUUCAUUUCAUAAUAUUCUUAUAGGGUUCGCUUAGUGAUCCCCCUGAAUGUAUAAAUCCAUAUGUUGUAUCGUAUAGGUUGUUGUACCAAGCUUCAUGGAAAUAGUUUACACACAGCAAGUUCAUUGUCAUCUUUAUUGUUGUUUUUCCUUGAGUUAGUUCACUCCAUUGGUAUCAUUGUUUGCUCAUGUUCUGUGGACUA